AUGAUUGUCGCGCCACACAGUCCGACUGUGUCGGAGACAGUCCGAGUUUUCCCUCCGACUGUGUCGGCACACAGUCCGACUGUGUCGGACACAGUCGGAGUUUUCCCUCCGACUGUGUCGGCACACAGUGCCCUCCAACGUCUCGUGAUCAAGCACACCGCCACGUCGCGUCGCGUCGCGUCGACCCUCCCCGCACCUUUGAACAUCGAGCGCAACAUGCUUCCUCAG